GUAGAACGUGAUCUGGAAAAGGAUAUAGUCAGCGAGACUAGUGGAGACUUCCGACGCAUUUUGGUGGCGAUGCUACAAGCUCAACGUGAUGAAAACCCGCAGGUCAAUCAAACACAAGUCGAAGUCGACGUUGAUGCGCUGUAUGAAAGUGGGGAAGGGAGGGUAGGAACCGAAGAAUCCCGAUUUACUCAAAUCUUCUCGCAGAGAAGUUUUCCACACAUCAAAGAAAUUGCGAAAACCUAUGCAAACAGGUACAAGAAAACAAUCUAUGAAGCUAUCAGAAGCGAAACCUCUGGCAACUACUGUGAGACGCUGGUAACUAUCGUUUCGUACGCGGAAGAUCAAAUUUCCCUGUUUGUGAACUGGCUCCAGGACUCGAUGGCCGGUUUGGGCACUCGCGAUGACGAUCUUAUUCGUCUAAUUCUGUCUUGGGCCGAGGUAAUUUCAACACUUGAUUCUGUCUUUCCUACCUAUCAGCGCAAAACUAACAAGCUUCUGACAAACGCCAUUGAGAGUGAAACUUCAGGGGAUUACAAGCGCAUGUUGAUCUCGAUAGUAGAGGGUAAUGCAUAG